GUCGCCGUUCCUCAAGGUCCCCACGCAUAACCUUACCCUGUCAGUACGCGUUUCCGUUGCGUCGAGCGUUCCCCACCGAAUCCAUGCGUUUUUGUCCGGUUUUGCGCGCGUACGCGGCUGGAUGGGCGCGCGCACCCCGAGAUGACGAUCCCCUGGCCCUCCAAGAGACGAUGACCCGGACACCCUCCCCCUCGACUUGACGAUGAGUUGCGAUGCUGAUCGCGAUUUCCUUACCAACAGGCUCCCCACGAGCACGGCCCCCUCAAGACACCUCCGCCCAGCAUGAUCAUCAGCAAGCAAAACCGGCGCGUCAUCUACGAGAACCUCUUCAAGGAGGGCGUUCUCGUCGCGAAGAAGGACUACAACGCGCCGAAGCACGAGGACCUCGACGUCCCGAACCUGGAGGUGAUCAAGGCGCUGCAGAGCCUCACGUCAAAGGGCUAUGUCAAGACCCAGUUCUCAUGGCAGUGGUACUACUACACGCUCACCCCGGAGGGCGUCGAGUACCUCCGUGAAUGGCUCCACCUCCCCGCCGAGAUCGUCCCCGCCACGCACAAAAAGGCCGCCCGCCCGCCGCGCCCCGCGCAAGUCCGCCAGGGCGGCGAGGGCGCCUACCGUGCACCGCGCGGCGACCGCGACGACUACCGCAAGAAGGAGGGCGGCGCGCCGGGCGACUACCGCCCCGCCUUCGCUGGCGUCGGCCGCGGCGGUCCGAGGGAGUAGAUGCGCAGCGCCCUUCGUGGUGCGCGUGCAUAUGCAUGUUAUUAUUGAGGAAAAUAUGCGUUGUAUGAUCAUGCGUUCCAUCUACUUUCUAUGCCAUUCGUCAUACUCGCUGUCCGUUUGCCCCAGGGAUGUGAUUACUGCUCGAAGUAGACGACAUCGUUGCGGAACAUGG